AAAUGUUCCUUAAUCCUUAAUUGAUAGAGGAUGCUUAAGAAUCUGCUAACCAAACCAAUUAAUAUAGUUAAAGAUCAUAGCCUAAAGGAAGAUCUAAUGUGACUAAAUUCUAAGCGAAAACAAAAGAGGAGUAAAAAUAAGAAAAUAAACCUUUGAGUAGAAUUUAAUAAGUAAAAAUCAUAAUAAAAGAUUACAGAAAGAGGUAGAAAUACAGAAGAAAUAGAUUGAGUCUCAAAUAAAAGAGAAUGAUGAAAUGGUUGAGAGUUUAGUAUUAUUCGAUUCGGAUCCAGAAUAAGAAGAAACAAAAUAGUAUCUUAAUCCAUUAAUAGAUGAUUAAAAGAAAGAAGAAGAAUAGAAGGUAUUAAACACUGGAAUUAUUUGUAGCCUUAAUAAAAUCCAAUUCCUUAAUAAAAUCCAAUUCCGAAGGGCACACAUGAAUUCAAACAGUAAAUUGUUUUAUAGAGCAAUCAACAAUACAAAAAAAACCUAGGUCAAAAUGAAUCUACUUAUAAUCAAGAUUUUGAUAUAGAAAUAGAGAAAGUAAGUAUCAAGCUUUAUAAAAGUUUUCUAUAAUUGGAAACAAUCACAAUCAAUAUUAUGAACCAGGGCAAAAAUCGCUUUAGGAUGAUUCAUUACCUUAACUUGAAAAGCAGAAUCACAAAAUUAAAUUUGCUGAAAGUCUAUAUUAGGAAAGCAAACCUUAAUAAAAUGUUGUUGAAGAAGAUUAGAUUAUAAUUUAAAAAGAGAUAAUUUAAGAGGACGAGAAAAGAAUACAGAAUAAUGAUGAUUAUCAGGAGCUGUAAGAAAUAAUAGUUCAAGAGGAAGACGAUGAAUUGUUGAAUCAAUAAUAAAAAGAGUAGGAAUAAAGGAAAGAAUUGAAAUAAUAAAAUGAUAAAAUUUAAAUGGAUCUCACCAAUGAUAAAAAUGAAGUUAUAGAGUAGAAAGAGAAUAAGCCAGAAAUCUAAAAGGUUCCUUAAGAAUAACCUAAAUAAACUUGUCCAUAUCCAAAACCUCUCGUUUCAAUUGAGAUGCCAUAUGGAAAGAAGCACUUUCUUUUGAAUCCUGCCCCCAAAGGAGGGAUGAUCUAAUGCACAAUCAAGAGAGAUAGAAGUGGAAUGAGUAGAUUUUAUCCAAAAUAUCAUCUUCACAUAUCAAAUGGAUUUUUGUAUCUGAUGAGUGCAAAAAAGAGAGCUUGCAAUAACACCAGCAAUUAUAUAAUAUCGAUGUCAAGAGAGGACUUUGAAAAAGGGAACAAUUUUAUUGGCAAAGUCAGAAGUAAUUUCAUGGGAACUGAAUUUAUCUUAUAUGAUUCAGGUUUGAAUCCAGACAAAACUAAAGAUGAAUCUAAACUAAGGUAAUAACUUGGUAUCGUUUAAUAUGAAAGCAAUAUUCUUGGAUCCAAAGGACCAAGAAAAAUGGUGGUAUCUUAUUCUUCUUAUUAAGGUUUUAAUGCCGAAUUUGGAUGCAGAGAAUUAACUCUAUGUAUUCAAACCCACCAAUUCUAAGGAUGGAAUUUUGAAGGAAUAUCUAAAUAACAAUAGAGAUCAUAUUGUAACUUAUGUUAAUAGGCCUCCAUAAUGGAAUAGUAAGCAUAAGGCUUUCGUGCUUAAUUUUUACCAAAGAGUAGAUAAGCCAAGCGUUAAAAAUUUCCAGCUUAUUGUCGAAGGCUAAGAAGACAACAUUUUACUGUAAUUUGGAAGAGUCGCAGAUGAUGUCUUCAAUCUAGACUUCUAAUAUCCUAUUACUCCUUUACAAGCAUUUUAAAUUGCAUUAACAAGUUUUGACUACAAAAUUGCAUGUGAAUGA